AUGUGGAGGAGUGGCCACAGGUCAUUCCUGCUGUUCCUCACCUCAGUCUCACACAACAUGGACUGUGAGCAGCAGACUGUGCUCAGCGGAGAUCUGAUCUCUGACAAGUGCCAGCUAAGGUUUGUAAACUUUGAGAUCCACGAUAACCACCGGAGCCAUGAGACUGUGGGGCUCAGCUCUCAUCAUCUGGUGGUGAGGAGGGGGUGGGCCUUCAGGCUGACGCUCCUGUUCCACCAGCGAGUUCCCUGGUCUUUGUACAGCUUCGACUUGGAGGUGCAGCUGGGUGAUCUCGCCGAGAGGUUCCCAGUGCACUUCUCCUCUAAGUGCCUCAACCCUCUUCGCUGGUCGGCUCGUGUCCUUCCCGAAAACGUGCACACUCAGUCAGUGAGCGUGCACGUAUGCUCUCCGGUGAUCUCAGCGGUUGCGUCCUACCACUUGCUCCUGCACAUGCGGAGCCGGCGACAUGCUUUCAGCUAUGACCUGGGGACCUUUGUGCUCCUCUGUAAUCCUUGGUGUAAAGAGGACCCAGUGUGGAUGCCUCUGGAGGUGCAGCUGCAGGAGUACAUCCACAAUGACUAUGGGCUGGUGUUUGUGGGUACACAGCAGAGCGUGAGGCAGAGGCCCUGGGCCUUUGGACAGAUGGAGCCUGGGGUUCUAGAAGCUUGUCUUCAGCUGCUGCAGAAGAGUCCACAGCAUCAGAGCGACAGACAGAACGACUACCUGAGGCGUGCAGACCCCGUCUACCUCAGCAGGGUGAUUUGUGCAAUGGUAAACUGUAAUGACGACCUGGGAGUCCUGGCAGGGAAGUGGCAGGGCAGUUACACAGAUGGAGUGUGUCCCACAGAGUGGACCGGCAGUGCAGAGAUCCUGCACAAAUGGGUGUCCUCAAACUGCAGCCCAGUGCGAUAUGGACAGUGCUGGGUGUUCGCCUGUGUCCUCUGCACAGUGCUGAGAGUGCUUGGAAUCCCUGCCAGAGUAGUAACUGUUUUUAAUGCAGCUCAUGAUGUGAAUGCAAACUUGAUAAUCGAAGAGUUUUACUCCAACAAAGGGGAGAAGUUCAACCUCUCAAAGGACAGCAUCUGGAACUUUCAUGUGUGGGUCGAAUGCUGGAUGAGGAGAGAGGACCUAGGAUCCGAAUUUAAUGGUUGGCAGGUGGUAGACCCCACCCCUCAAGAGAAGAGUGAAGGGAUCUACUGCUGUGGGCCGUGCCCCGUCUCCGCGGUGCAGAAUAGAGUUCUUCGUUGUGCUUUCGACGCCUCCUUCAUCCUGGCGUCUGUGGACGCAGAUGUGGUGCGGCUGAUUGUGCGGGACGGCCUGGUGGUGGGCAGGAGCGUGGACAGACAGUGUGUGGGACAGCUCAUCUACACCAAGAGCAUUGGAUCAAACAAACCACAGAACCUCACACACACGUACAAGACCAACAACAGGUCUGGAGAGAACACAUAUCACAACAGAUCAACACCUCAUUACAAGCAGUCUUCUCCUGUGCACUCUGCCCCAAUGCGUUCUUCACCUGCAGCAUCUGGAAAAAUAUCAGAAGGCAGUGUCUCCAGGUUGGAAGUGUCCCUGGACGUGGAGAAGACCCCUGGUGUGGGAGACUCCAUCUGCCUCUGUGUCACCGUCUCCAAUGGCAGUGGUCACGGCCGCCUCCUCACAGAGCACCUCAGCGCCCAGCUCAAACACUACAACCGCAGCCCCCACGAGAGCUUCUGGCAAUCCCGCCGCCAAUUCCAAAUACAGCCGGGGCAAGUCCUGACUCUGCACCACAGAAUCCCGUCGUCUCGGUUCAAGUCCCUGAUGGCGCAUGACGACAUCGUGAACGCCGCGGUGGUGGUGAAGGACGUGAAGAACAAGGAGAGAGUGAUGGCUGUGCAGGAGUUCAACCUCUGCUCACACCAAAUCACUAUAGAAGUGGAAGGAGGCGACAGCAUUCAGAUGAAGAAAGAGCACACAGUACAUGUUUCUUACACAAACCACUGCAACACUCUCCUCACUGGAGCCGUUCUGUCUUUGGAGGGGUAUGGACUGCUGGAGGGAAAACAUGAGACCAGGCUAACGCUGUUGCAGCCCGGGGAGGUCAUAGAGAGCAGCGUGUCCAUCAUGGCGUCUUCUGCAGGGACCAAAGUGCUGCAGGGGACCUUCUCUCACAGCCACAGCCUCGGAGUCACGGCCCGGAGCUUCCACACAAUCUCAGUCCACAGCUAA